UCUACGCUAAGAACUGCACGAUGGCGUCCGGCACUUUUACCCAGCGUCUGCUUGUGGCUCUAAUGAUCUGUACCCUGAUUGCCGACCUCACCACACUGACUGCUGCCCGGCCGCAGGAUAGUGAAGCCGCAUCGGUAGCAGCCGCCAUCCGAUACCUGCAGGAACUGGAGACUAAGCAUGCUCAGCACGCUAGACCCAGGUUAAUACGAAGUGAACUUCCACCCAAUAUAAAUGGUGUUCACUCGGGACUAGACAAAAUUAUUGGAUAUUUCAUCCUAGAAGCUAUCGAUAGAGCACACUCGACUGACGCUAGACCCAGAUUCGGCAAGCGUGGCGGUUACCUUAAUCCGGCAGUAUUCGGACAGGACGAACAGGAGAAUCUUUACAGGUUGAUUGGCAGGAUCCAACAUUUUCGAGAUGAACAACUUCCGACAAAUUUCUAGAUGGCGGCGUCCUGAGAUCGGA